AUGUCUUUUAUAAUAAAAAAUAUGCCAACUAAUGAAAUAAACAAUAAAAACAGAGAACAUUUUUUUUCUUUAGAAAUGAAAGAAGACUAUAGCUUUAAGUAUAUACCUGAAAGUCAUUUUAAAUGUAUAGUAAAAAAUGUACAAAGACAAAGACGCAAGGAGGAUGAGGACCGAAUCUGGUCUUCAUUUGUUAAAGAACAGGAGUUAAAUAGUCUAAGAUAUCACAAAAAUAUCAUAAAAGAUACUGACCAGUCUAUAAAGAGUAUGAAAGAUCUCUUGCAAGAAAAUAUACAAGAUGUAGAUAGAGAACUGAAAAGACUCGAGGAAGAUGCCCUCCCUGAACAAACCAAAGGAAUUCAAAAUGAUAAAUCUAAUAUUAAGAAUGAGAAAAUUUAUGUAAAUGCAAACAGCAUUAGAAGCAAUUUUUCAAAGGAUAAGUUGUUAACAAAGAAUAAAGAUACAUCUAGUAUUAAUGCUUUAGAUCCAAUUUCUCAAGACAAUAAUAUUUCUAUACAUAAAAAAUCUGAAGGACUGAAAACAGUUUUUAGAUCCAAGGCUAAAAAAUCUUUAUCAGAUUCUUUGAUUACAGAGAAAAAGUGUUACACAAAUCAGCUUCUUCAUGCAACUGAUUACUUUGAGAAUAAUUCUAGUACAGGCUCAAGUAAUUACAGAUAUGACAUUGUUAAUGUCCAACCAGAUCCACUUACAAUACAAAAACUUCUAUCAAUGCAAAAGAAAAUUGCUGAAUUAUUAGAUGAAAUUUCAUUUAGAUUAUGCAGAAUUCCUUUACCAGAUGGUGAUAAUGAUUUGAAAAGAAGACAACAACAAACAUUAGAGUUUGCUAUAAGAUUUUCAAGAAAUUAUCUAUACAAUCUUAACAGACUUGUGGCAAGUAUUCGAAGACACAUCAGUACUGUGUCCUCCAGAACAGGAUCAAAACAGUAUUAUAAAAAUAUUGCAUUUCAUCAAGAUAUGAUUAAACAAAAGCUAAUUUCUGCUCAUCAAUUACUAAUACAAGCUUUAAGUGCUUAUUAUAAACACAUUCCUAACUCUAUUCUUGAUGGUCAUUCUACAAAACUUCAGGAUGUGUUACAAAUUGUCUGCAAUCUCAAAAAUAUUUGUGAUAAAGUUGGUAUUUCUAAUAAUUAUUUAUGUUCAGGAGAUAAUACGGUUAUACCAUUGGGAUGCAUUCUUCAAGAUAAAUGUGAUGCAAUCUUGUCUAUGUUAAAAUUAAACUUGGAAAGCAAACAUAGAAGUACAAAUUACAAGAAUGUUGAAUCUACAGUGACUAUUGCACCAAUACCUUUACAUCACAAAGGACGUUCCAAACGAAAAAAUUUAUCUACUCGAUUAAGCAUGUAUAGUAUGGAUGUUAAAGUAUCAAAGAGUAACCAAAAGAAAAGGAAUGAUUUAAGAAGAAAAAGCUACAUUUGCAAGAAAGAAAGUGAGAAUAUUAUCAAAGAUAUUAAGAAUAUUCACACUCAACAUUAUUCAUUACCAGAGUUACUGUAUCCCAGUCCUAUAACACGUACAUCAUCUUCUAGGGACGUCACAAAGAUUGAUUCGAUGAAAGAUAUGAAUUACUCAAAAGAAGACGAUGUUAGAACUAUGAUGGAUGGAGUAACAAUAGAUUCUGAAAAUGAUAGUAAUGUAAAAAUUAAAAUCAAAUGUAAAAAUGCAACAAAUCCAGAACAGUCUUUUACAAUACAAAACAAAACAUCUACAAAUGUGUGGAAAACGAAAAAUGUAGAAGAUAAAAGGGUAAACCUUAAAUCAGAAAAAGUUUCUGACGGGGAUAAUUUAAUUAAAACAGUAGCUAUAAUUACCAAAGAACAUUUGGCUAGUCUGACUCCCGUGAUAAACAAUUUAAUGGCUCUUGUGUCGAAAAAGCAAAAUGAACUAGAUGUGCAACUUGGAUCAGAAACAUCUAUGGAAACAUUAAGAGAAUUUUUACAAAAAUAUUCGUUUCCCAGAGAUUCUAAUAUUAAAGCAUCCUUGGCAAAUGAUAAUUAUGAACAAUCAAAUUAUACAUUAAAUAGCGUAUCUGAUGUUCAAAAACGUGGUGAAAAUGUACAAUUGAUUUGCAUGUCUUCUAUGGAAAAAGCUUCUAAGAUGACACAAUGUGAUGUUUCAUGUCAGGCAGAUUACCACAUCCCGCUAAAAGUAAGUAUAAAACAUGCUAUAUUUAAUUGAAAAACUAUGGAUUUAUAUACGAAAGAUGGAGUGCAGCUUGUUGUUCCAAAAGAAACUGAGCGACAUUUUGUCGCAUAUAAAUGUGAAUAUAAAAAAUUAUGCCAGUCAAAGCCAAUGUAUUCCAGUAGUACUCAGAAUAAACCAUGGGAUAUUGUGGCAUGGAUCUCUGAUAAAUUGAUAGAUGAAUUAAUAAUUGAAAUAACAGUCGAGUUACAAAUGAACGACGUAAUUAAAAAACUAUUUGAGAUGGAAUUUCAAGAAUUUUAG